CCUCUCUCUGCCCCCCACUGCCCGCCCCCCGCCGCCUCCCGGACGCCUACCGCCUGCCGCCGGUCUCGCUACUCUCUCCUCGAUCCAUUCCUUGCACCACACUUGGUUGAUACCUCUGCGAGCAAAAGUUUCUUGUCAGCGCGCUCCACAACAAAGACAACGUACCACUUCAACGUCCGGCAUACCGGUCACCUCGACAACCCAUAAAAGUCUUCAGCGUUACAGUCACAGUCAAGCUCUUCACCUGCUUCAAAAGGCCUCCUACCGCACACCAGCACUAUAAUGGUCGGCAGGUUCUCGCUCCCGAGCCUGCCGAGCAUCCCGGCACUGUCGGAUCUGCUCGAUACUUCGCCCCAGGUCUUCUAUCCACCCUCACGCCCCGCCUCGCGCUCCUCGACAACCGCAACAUCCACCGUCUCCUCGUCGACCGUCUCAUCAUGUCCAUCAUCGCCCCGCCGGCGACCGGUGCCGUUCCCGGAUGACCGCAGCGUCCCUCCAUUGCCACCACCGCCGUUCUGGGCUGGUGCAGCACAUCCGCAUACGGACGCACCACUUGGCGCGCGCGAGAAGCCAGUCAGCCAACUGCCUCGGCGGUUGUCGUCUUUGGACCCAGCCGGCGAACAGCAAAGACGGCCGAUGCGCCCAAGUCACCGGAGAAGUCAUAGCGCCGCCCCCACGUCCUUCACGUUUGCACCUUCCACAGCGCCACCAUUGCGCGUCGAGACGCGCGGAUUACACCCGUCUGCGUCAGCCGCCUCCCUCCCAACUCUAGCUGAGGACGAUGCCGCAAGCGCAAGCCCGAGCGUGCUUAUGCCUCCACCACCUAUCGAAACUGAGCGGCCAGCGAGAGGACACAGCAGACGCUGGUCGUGGAUGGAGCCGGCGCCUAUGGAGACUGCGCGCCGUCGAGCCCAGUCGAGCGUGACAAUGACCAGCGUUCCCGGCAUUGGGACUUUCGUCGAGCCCCCGCUCCCAGAACGUCUGCGGCGGAGACACUCGCAGAUCGUCGGCCUCCCGAGCGCCCCGGUUCUAUCGAAACCUCCGACACCAGUGUGCCCUCCGACUGUUCGCUCACGCCGCGGCAGCAUUGCUUCUAUCACAUUCCCAGACGGGGUGGUGGCUUCACCAACACCAGUGCAGUCCUCUAUAAGCGUGAGCGACGUGGCGGCGCUCGCCACCUGGUCCGAGGAGCCGGUGUCGCCGAAGCCUUCCCGGCGGCGCGACUCGGUCGCCAGUCCCAGCGAGAGCCUGCGCGCACGCCUGCGCACACUCAGCAAGCUUGAAGGACGAGAGUGCCCAUCCACGCCACCACGGCGGCGCAACACCCUCGCGUCACCGCACAGCACAAACGUCACCCCCGGACACGGCACUCCCGCGACGCCCGGCAGCUCGACGCCCACGACAAGCUCGCACUCACACAUGCCGCCGCCGUCGCCGACGCCGACACGCCGUCGCAUCAUGCAUCGGCACACACUCUCGCUGCCGUUCGGCGAGGACUCGCGGCCCACGACGAGCCGGCUGCGUCAGCCCGCGCAGCUUUCCAUGGCGCCGGGACUUGAGGACCUGCCGCACCGCCCCCGCUCGCGCCCCGUGAGCAUGCUCGGCCCGCCGUCGCCCCUCCUCGCCUCGUCCCCCGGCAGCCUCGUGAGCGACACCGGCUCGUCCUCGCCGACUGCGAGCAUCGAGAGCCUCACCCUCUCGCCCGCGUGGCUGAACCUCAACCUCACGCUGUCGGCACAGCAGAAGCGCUCGAGCGUCAGCUCGGAGCGCAGCCGCGAGCGCGAGCGUCACGCGAAGCGCAGCUCCAUUUCCAGCAUCGCGUCUGCCGCGUCACGCCGCGGAUCACAUGCCAGCGCGUACGACUGGCGCCGGCCGCCGCCGUCCGUCGCCCCCCGCCCGUCCGUGUCUGUUUCGGACGAGGCUGAGGGCGAGCGGUUCCUCGACUUUGAUGAUAUUUAAAUUGCGCUUCCUGUCCAUUUCUUUACCUACACGCACGUCACGUUGUUGUACAUGACCCCCACGAUUGAAUGCAUGUUUGUCACUCG